UUUGCAUCGCACAAGUCAACACGCCAUGGCAACCACGCAGUGCCUGCCGACGGCGCCGUGCUUCGAGGUGAGCUCCGGUACAUGCGCGCUCGCUGAUGCGACGCUCGACGAUGGUCGUGGUCGACCGUUCUGCGACCGCGCUGCGGGGCUCCAGUGCCAGAAUGGCAACAGCUGCUACGACAGCUCGUUUGGCUGUGUCUGCUCGGGGCUGCGCCCGUGUCGUCUGGGCACAGGAGCAUGCAUGCCGUCGUCCGCAACGUGCUUUGCCAGCACUAACGCCUCAGCGCUUCAAAGCUGCGUCGGUGGGUCGUCAGGUGCCGCCAACUUGGUGAAUUCGCUCGCGACAACAAUGCCGGCGGCGACCGCGACGUCUGGCGGCACCGACAUUGUGUCGACGAUCACAACGUGCGCGCUUGUGCUUGGCGCGCUUGUCGCAGUCGCUAUUAUUGUCUUUGCGAUCCGCGCGCGUCGCCGCCGCCUCGCUAUGGCCGACGAACCCGCCCUGCUCACUCGCCACGAGAGCAUCCCUGCGCUGCAGAGCGGCCGGCCGUGCUCUGCACGUAAACACUCGUCGUCGUCGCGCCCACAGACGCUCGUGGGCAGCAGCGUUAAUACCACUGGCUCGGCAGCGUCGUCGUUGUCUGGCAGCAAAGGCGCGUAUGCAAUGGGCGACCUCGACAUGCACCGCGUCGACAUUGGCGACAUCACCAUCAUGCGCACACUCGCCCAGGGUGCGUACGGCGAGGUGCUUCUUGGCCGGUACCAGGGCGCAGUCGUCGCCAUCAAGCGGCUUCUACCGACGACACAGACCCGCGAGGACGUGGAAAAGUUCAUUUGCGAAGCCCAGCUCGUUGCGAGACUGGACUCGACGUACGUUGUGGCGUUUGUCGGCGUCGCAUGGACCAAGCCGCAGGAACUGCUCUUGAUGACCGAAUUCCUUCCUCGAGGCGACCUACGGUCGUUACUGGAAGCCGACGCCAGCUUGCCGUGGGCCGCUAAACUUCGUAUCGCGCAUGACAUUGCCGAGGGUCUUGUGUACUUGCACAUGCUCGAGCACAAGGUGGUGCACCGCGACCUGAAAUCGCGCAACGUCCUCUUGACCGACGAUCUGCACGCCAAGCUCACCGACUUUGGCAUUGCCCGCGAGAUGGACGACGCGACCAUGACGGCCGGCAUUGGCACGUACCGCUGGAUGGCGCCCGAGGUGCUCCAAGACGGUCACUACGACGAGUCGGCCGACAUGUACUCGUUUGGCGUCAUUCUCUUUGAGCUCGACUCGCACAAACUGCCAUACUCGGACGCCGUAACGAGCACAGGCCGGCCGCUAACGGACACAGCGAUCAUGGCCAAAGUCAUGCUGGGGCACCUCCGUCCGACGUUUUCCGAUGCGUCUCCGUCGUGGCUGCGCGAGCUCGGCACGCGCUGCCUAUCGGACGAUCCGUACGCGAGACCACGCGCCGCCGAAGCCGCCUACAAGAUUCAGGUCGAGCUUCGGCGCCUCGAGCACUAG